UCCACAACAACAUUCCUUCUUCCGUUGCCACAGUAAACCUUCGUCCUGUUUGCCCGCAUUACCAACCAAAGUACCACAUUAUUUGGUGACUGAGUGAGGCAUUCGUUCUCCUAAAGCUUGAUACACGAUGUCAAAGGCUAAAGUGAUUGUGGUCGGACCUCCCGAGUCAGGGAAAACAUUUUUGUGCAACUUCCUGGCAGACGCCACAGAGUUUUCCGGAGGAGAGUAUCAUCCCACCCAGGGUGUCAGGAUUUUAGAGUUUGAGACGAGUGCCGCCGAUUCUGGACGCUCCAAUCUGGACGUGGAAUUGUGGGACUGCAGCGGUGACCGUAGGUUCGAAUCCUGCUGGCCGGCCAUGGCCCGGGACGCGAGUGGCGCCAUCUUUGUGUACAACCCUGACCAGUCGAACCACGACAAGGAGCUGGACACCUGGUAGGAUGACCGUCAUUAUAGCCCAUUUUAUUUCUGUUUAACACUAACAGUAUCGAAGACUCAUAUAGUGAAACACUGUUGGGUACCACUCCAGUUUAGAACGCUGAAGCCGACUUAAAAAAUUCAGAGAGGUUCCUCAACCAUUCAGCUAUCAUAUAGAGUGACUUAAUUUGUUAUUUAUUUCAGUGCAGUGCAUCCGUUCGUUGUUUAACGCUUUGCCAUCAUAUUUAGGGGAAAAUCCCCAGAAACUUGGUGGUAAACAUCACCAAUGGACGAGGUGAGGCGGCAAAGUGUCAAUUAUGUUUAGUUUUCCCGAAUGCGUCUGCGAGUCAAGUCUCCAGCUGUAGUAAGCACGUACUAUGGUCUGGCAACUAAAGUCACCGACGGUACUGUAAAUGCUAAACUCUUGAAGUACCAAACGUAACUACUUGUUUUGCCUGAAUGAUGGUUGUUAUAAGACUGGAAAUAAUGUAACCUCAGUUCUUGUGUGAAACAGAUCUAAAGCUGUUGUAAAGUUUAAAGUUUCUGUGCCAAUAUCUGGAUCGAAAACA